AUGUGUUUCUCUUGGCAAGAGGUAGAUCGGAAGUCGAAUUUGCUGCCAGAUCUGUAAGAUGGUUUUCGGUUCUCUCGGACCUUUUCUUUGUUUAGACUCUUCCGGUUCUAGGACUUGUGCCUUUGCACUUGGAAAGAUCGGCGUCGUCUUCUUCUCAUAGGCUCAGGCAUUAUUCAUUUCUCUUUUCUUCCUGUGGAUAGUGCUCCUUUUGAUCCCCUUGUCCAUUAAACUAGGUGUAGCGCUACUCAAGCUUGCUCCCUCUUGGAUUCCUCUGAGUUGCUUGUUGCUUUUCUUUUUCAUGAACGAGGAGACGGUAUUCUCCUAGUCGAAUCUAAUCUCUAUGCAUUGCUGGUGCGCUUUCAGUCAGCACUCUGGCGCUACUCGAACCUUGUUCGCCUUCUGCGAAAGAUUGCAGAUUAAACCGUGGUAAUCAAACCGAGACCAACAGGCGGAGGCGGCUGCUACCACCUCCCGGCGGCUAGCUGUUCAUGGUCUCAAGGAGACACAGGAAUUCGCUUCGUCUUCCUCCGAACGUUCCUCGUAGGCGUAGCCCCGCUUGCUAGCUACCUCCGUCUGAGGCCAUGGGUGACGUGAGGCUGAGGUCAUGGGUGACGUAUCAGGAGUUCAGGACGUGGCCGACUUUUCUUUGCAUUUCUCUGCUCGAACACACGAGAAUUCCACAUGCCGACGCAUGACUUAAGUUGAGAUUCAAUGUAGAUGAAAAAAAGCAUGAUGAGUAUUAGAUAGGAGGAAUAAACUAUUGGGAUUGUUAGGCAUGUGAAGGGCGUACAAAGUUGUGUUUCUCUUCUCUCCUUCCGUAACUUCCAGACACGUAGGAACAAAGAAGAGUCUUCGAGGGAAACGUAGAGGACCUCUCCGUGGCGCCUUAAAUAGCGAGGCAACGUUCUUGGGAGAACGUUAGAUAGCUCAGGGUUUGUACACCGCGCUGGAGCGAUCGAUGGACCUCGACCGCCACAAUUUCCUCACCAAGCUCGGCUUCACGGCGCUGACGUGCAACUCGGCGCUCGCAAUCUACAGGUCACGGGGCGACCCGGCCUCCGUCGCGUUCGUGGGCGGCGCCUACGCGGCCAUCCUGCUGCUCUUCCGCUGCCUCCGAAGGUUCGAGCGCGGGGAGGGGGACAGGGGCAGGACCAAGGCCGCCGUGUGGGCGCUGACGACGCUGCUCACGGCGAUGUUCGCGUCUCGGGUCGCCCCGCUGAUGCCGACGCCCGUUGGCAUCGUCGUGUAUCUGAUGGCGGCGGCGACCGCGGGUGCCGGAUUCUGGGCCUUCUUUCUCAACCCCUGAAGCUAGCGCGGAUCUCUUACGCCGGAGCCGAGCCAUGGUUCGCCCCGCGUUGAAUACAUCUCUCCUCUCUGGUUUGUAUAACUGUGCCGAACAUCUCUGCUCUCUGGGGGAGCACUGAACAUGGCAUGUCUCGACUCGGAGCCCUAUUCAGAGAAACGAACAUUCAAGUUUGUAUCUUUUUUCUAAAAAAAUUCAAGUUUGUAUAACUGUGGCGAACAUUAAUUGCUUGUGUGUGGUUGUAGGUUGCUGUCGUCUACCCUUGUUUGUAGCUUGCGAUCUACAGGCGUGUGAAUAUCUUCUUCUCCUUAGAAGUGCUCCCUCUGUUUUCUUCUGAUGUUCCACAGGUGAGAAAUGGCUACUUGACAUAUUAUGUAUUCUUGAGUUUGCGGCUGUGUGCAUUUCGCUAUGCAAAGGCCGGAAUAAUGUUAUUCUUUCGUCUAAAAAAAUGUAUUCUUGAGUUUUCCGACUGCUUUUGAAAAUUUAUUUGAACUUGUAAAAUAAAAUGCACUUGGAUUAUACUCCUAUGUGCAAGUUGUGUGUAAUAAGACGCGGGGAGAAAUGUAUAUUCUGAUAAUUGUUUUCU